AUGGAGAGAUUUUUUCGUCACUUGAUUAUUGCCCUUAUUGUCCAUGUGAGCUACAUUGCCAACAGAGCCCAUUGCCAGACGUUUUGCAACAGGGAAGCUUCAGUUGAAUGGCACGUUCACCAACAGACAGUUCAAUUGAAAUGGACACUAAUUGACAGCAUCUGUGCAAAUGUCUCCCAGUGUUGGGACUCUCAGGAGGGAGAGGAGUCGAGUGGGCGACCUCUCAGCUUUCCGCAGCUAUGCCCCCUUCAGUUGCAACACGGAGACAAACUGUUGAUGUCUGCUGAUGAAACACUUCAGUCAUAUGGCAUCACACUCAUUAACGUGUCCAAAGAGAACUUUGAGAGCUGUUCCACAGAUGGACUGUUAAAAGAUCAGUUCCUUUUCCCCCACAAUAUAAAUGAGCGUGAGUCGGUGGAGCCCAAGUGGCUCGUCCCGGGUCAUCAUUACUUUAUUGCUUUGCAUGACGGCGAUACGCAGCUGUGUAAGCUGGGCUUAAGGCUCAAUGUGUCUGUGAAAACACAACUUUGUCAGAGUUCUCCGCUGCUUCGACUUUGUUCGGGGAACGGCAUUUGUCAAACAGGCCUCUGGGAAGAUGCAUACCGCUGUCAAUGCCGCCACCACUACUCCGGGAGGUUCUGUGAAAAGUUUGAUGCUUGUUUGGAUAACCCCUGUGAAAACAAAGGAGUUUGUUUGAGCAAUGGAUCUACAGAUCCAAGCCACAGAACAUAUAAAUGUUUGUGUCCUCCACAUUUUACAGGGGUUAACUGCUCUGAAGUGAUUGGGAAGGAAAACUGCGACAGAGUCUGUCAGAACGGGACAUGUGUUCAGGCAUCUCCUACGUCCUUCAGAUGCAUCUGUUACACAGGAUACGCCGGCUCACUUUGUGAGAGGAGGAAAGCUCCUUGCAUUCCAAAUCCAUGCAGAAAUGGUGGCACAUGUGAGGAGAGCGCCGAUGGAUUUGUUUGUCAUUGUCCAGAAGGAUUCAGGGGCCUCAACUGUGACUCCCAAUUCAAUACCAGUUGCUUGUCAUAUGCAUGUCAGGAGGAACAGAUCUGCUCUGUAGGGGGAAAUGCCUCUGAGUGUGCUUGUGCAGAUGGUAAUAUGGCCCCUGCAUGCAGGAGGCAGCAGAACCUGUGCACCCCUUCACCAUGCCUCAACAAUGCCAGCUGUGUAUCCAAGGGAGAUGAUUAUGCCUGCAGAUGUCUAAGAGGUUUUUCCGGGAAGAAUUGUGAAGAAAUAAUUGACUACUGCAGGCUGCUCAAUAUCAACUGCCUAAAUGAAGGAUUGUGCUUGAGUGUAAUUGGCGGAUAUACGUGCGUCUGUGCCCCUGGAUGGAUAGGAGAAUUUUGUCAGUAUGUAGGUGAUGCCUGUUUGAUGCACCCAAAGAGCUGCUUGAACGGAGCCACUUGCAUUACGACAAGUCAGCCGUCAGCGCCCCCACAGUACAUGUGCAUCUGCCCUCACGGCUUCACAGGAACCUACUGCGAGACGGAAAUCAAUGAGUGUGACUCCAGCCCCUGUCAGCACAACAGCACAUGUAAUGACUUGGUUGGAUACUACAAAUGCCAGUGUCCCACAGGUUUUCUGGGAAACAAUUGUGAGGUGGACAUAGAUGCGUGUGCUCUGCCCAACAGCACUUGCCCACCAAAGACUCAGUGCUUGGAUCUUCCGGAUGGCCUUAACUAUACUUGCCGUGCACCCUGCCCUCGAAACUUUCAACCAUGUGCCAAUGGAGGACGUUGUCUGUUGAGUAGCGCCAGCAGCUACAGCUGUGUCUGUACACCUGGUUGGUCUGGUCAGAACUGCCAAAUAAAUGUCAACGAUUGUGUUCAACACUGGUGUCAGAAUGGAGCCACGUGUGUGGAUGAAAUUGAUGGGUACAGCUGUCUUUGUCCCAGAGGAUACACAGGAGUCUACUGUGAAGCAGACAUUGAUUACUGUGUUGGCCAUCACUGCUCUGAACAUGGUGUUUGCCUGGACCAGCAGUAUAACUUCACCUGCCGCUGCAUGCUUGGAUUUGAGGGGUUGCUCUGUGAACUGGAAACAAAUGAGUGCAGCAGCUUUCCCUGCGCAAAUGGUGCCACCUGCGUGGACCUAAUCGGCGAUUAUCAGUGCCGCUGUCCCCUGGGGUUUGAGGGAAGGCGCUGCUCAGAGAAUGCAAACGAUUGCUGGUCACAGCCGUGUCUAAAUGGAGGCUCAUGUAUGGAUCUGAUUAAUGACUACAUUUGUCAUUGUCCUUUUGGAUUCAAGGGAAAGGAUUGCUCUGUUGAUAUUGACCUUUGCUCACUUGGAUUGUGCAGUAAACAUACAAUUAAAUGCAUCGAGGCCAAGGAUGGACAGAAUGUCUCCUGCACAUGUGAAAAAGGCUUUGGAGGACCAUUUUGUGAAGUAAAUCUCAAUGAGUGUGAGUCGAAGCCCUGCCAAAACGGUGGUAUUUGUGUAGAUGGCGCUGACCUGUAUCAGUGCUUCUGCUCAGAGGGGUUUGGGGGUGUGAACUGUGAAAUCAACUAUGAUGAAUGUGUCCAUGGCUACUGCACCAAUAAUUCCACAUGCAUUGACCUGGUUGCAGACUAUCAAUGCAUCUGUCCUUUGGGCUUUUCUGAUAAGAAUUGCUCAACACCUGUCACUGCAUGCGCGUCAGAUGUUGAGCCGUGCAAAAAUGGUGGAACCUGUUACUACAACUUAACUGGAAAUGUUCAGUGUCUUUGCCCUCCAGGAUACUCUGGCAAUGACUGUUCUUCACCGGCGAAUGAAUGUGUGUCAAAUCCCUGCGACCCUGAGGGGACCUUCCACUGUGAAGAGCUGGCAAAUACUUAUAAAUGUGUGUGUCAACAUGGAUACACAGGACAGCACUGCAACACUCCUAUAAGCCACUGUGUUGAUGGCCUGUGUCAUCAUGGUUCAAAGUGUGUGGAUCUGUCUGAAGAGUUCAAGUGCGAUUGUUUACCAGGUUUAAUGGGUCAGUUUUGUGAGGUAAAUAUAGAUGACUGUGAGCACAAGCCAUGUGGAGUGCUAAGUAUUUGUAAAGACACCCUCAAUGGUUACAACUGCUUCUGCGCACCUGGGUUUAUAGGCAAUAACUGUGAGAUUGAAGUCAAUGAAUGUCUGAGUGAGCCUUGCCAAAACGGAGGCUUCUGCAUUGAUGAGCUCAACUCAUUCAGCUGCCAGUGCCCUCUUGGGAUCACAGGCAGCAACUGUGAAAUCAAUAUCGAUGAGUGUGCAUCAUCUCCCUGCUUCCACAAUGCCACAUGUGUUGACCUUACACAUGGGUAUGCAUGUAUCUGUUUGCCUGGUUUCACAGGUACCGCGUGUAAGCAUGACAUUGAUGAGUGUGCUUCAUCUCCCUGCAAGAAUGGAGCCACUUGCAUUGACCAGCCUGGUAAUUACUUCUGCCAAUGUGUGGCUCCAUUUAAAGGUUAUAAUUGUGAAUUCUUACCUUGUGAGGCCAGUAAUCCUUGCGAGAACGGAGCAGUCUGUGUGGAAGAGUUGGAUCAGGACCAUUUCCCUUUGGGUUUCCGCUGUCACUGUCACCAGGGCUUCACUGGCCCCCGCUGUGAAAUCAAUGUGGAUGAAUGCCUCUCCAGCCCCUGUCUUCACGGCUUUUGCUAUGACGUUGUGAAUGGCUUCUACUGUCUUUGCAACCCUGGUUAUGCUGGUCUGAGAUGUGAGCAAGACCUUGAUGACUGUUUGAACAAUUUGUGCAGUAACAACUCAACAUGCAAGGACCUCCAUAUGAGUUAUGAGUGUGUAUGCCAUUCUGGCUGGGAGGGGGAGUUCUGCCAACUAGAAAUUGAUGAAUGUUUAUCACAGCCCUGCAAAAACAACGGCACCUGCACAGACCUUCUCAACAGCUACAAGUGUUUGUGUUCGCCGGGUUGGACAGGUGUGGACUGUGCCGACAAUGUGAAUGAGUGUGAUUCCAGGCCCUGUCUAAACGGAGCUCAGUGUCAGGAGUCAGAUGUACCUGGGGAGUUUUCCUGCACCUGUCCCCCCUUCUUCAGCGGCCCCCUGUGCAACCAGCCUUAUGACCCCUGCAACCCUCUCCACAAUCCUUGCCUGCACAACUCCACCUGCCUGACACGCUCCAAUGGAACAGCCUCCUGCAGAUGCCCAGCUGGAUUUGAGGGAACUUGGUGUGAAAUUGACACCAAUGAGUGUAGCUCGAGUCCGUGCCAAAACCACGGCCACUGUUUGGACUGGGUCAACAGUUACAGCUGUGAUUGUAAGAAGGGAUUUUCUGGCCUUCACUGUGAAGAAGAUAUCAAUGAGUGUGCCUCAAGCCCUUGCCAAAACGCUGGCAUUUGUCAAGACCUUGUGAACAAGUUCCACUGUAUUUGUCCUCCUGGUUAUUUUGGAGCACUGUGUGACCUGGAUGUGAAUGAGUGUGAAGUUUCACCUUGCCUACAUGAGGGCAUCUGUAUCAACAAGCCCGGGGGCUUCGAGUGUGUCUGUCGCCCUGGAUACUCAGGGACAUGGUGUGAAAUUAACAUUGAUGAGUGCGGUUCCAACCCAUGCCAAAAUAGUGGGAGGUGUAUCGAUGCUCCUGAUCGAUAUCACUGCUUGUGUCUUCACGGCUUCAUGGGAUUCAACUGUGAGACCAACAUUGAUGAAUGCAUGUCAAUGCCAUGCCUUCAUGGGAGCUGCAAGGAUGGAGUGGAUGCGUACUCUUGUCACUGUGAAUCGGGAUGGACCGGUGGCAGGUGUGAAAUCAACAUUAAUGAGUGCGCUUCCAGUCCCUGCAUGAAUGGAGGAUCAUGUGUCGAUCUCACCGAAAAAUAUGCAUGCUUUUGUCAGGAGGGGUACACAGGGAAAAACUGUGAGACUGACAUAGACAUCUGUAAAGAGGCCGCUUCAGAAGUCUCCCUGUGUUUCAAUGGAGCUGUGUGCGUUGACGGAGAGGGAUCAAAUUUUACAUGCAGCUGUCCACCAGGUUUCAUGGGGGAUUUCUGUGAAGUGGAUGUUAAUGAAUGUUGCUCAGCCCCCUGCCACCACGGUGCUGUUUGCCAGGAUCUUAUUAAUAGCUACGUCUGCCACUGUAGGCCAGGUUGGACAGGCCUUCACUGUGAGGAUGACAUUAAUGAGUGCCUUCCACAGCCCUGCAACCAGGGGAUAUGCAUUCAGAAUGAUCCAGGCUAUGGCUACACCUGUUUCUGUCGUCCUGGAUUUGUGGGGAAGAACUGUGAGCACAAUUAUGAUGAUUGCCUGCUGAAUCCAUGUCCAGAAGCUUAUUCCUGUGUAGACGGCAUCAACAAGGUCAGCUGCCUUCCUCCUGUUACUGAUGUUCCCCUGGUGACUGUAGUCAUGAAUAUCACACGGGGCACCAUGCACAGACCGUCGAAACCAACGUUUAGUCCAGCGCCAACGGCCAAGCAGCCUUCAGACUCAAGCUACCUUUGGUACUUUGGGAAUUCAUACCUGGAGUUUGAGGAUAUUGACCUUGGAGCACUCAACAACAUUACAUUGAGAUUUCAGACUCAAGUGGCCCGAGGAACUAUCCUUUAUGUGGACCAGGGUCCUCUUAACGGUGACUUUUUUUUCAUGAAACUUUUCAUCUUGGAUGGCAUCUUACAGUAUGCAUUUUGCUGCAACCAAGACGAAGAGAUCACAAGGAUCAACACAUUAAUUCAUGUUGACAAUGGCAGAGAGUACAUCAUUAAUAUCAGACAACGCCUUUCCCCAUGUGAAGCAGAGCUAACUGUUGUUGGCUACGGAGAAAUCAAAAGUGCAACAAGUAAUUACUGGCCAGAGCUCAUGACACAAAGAAAAAAUCGUGUCUUCAUAGGCGGUGUGCCAUCACAGUAUCUACCAUAUCAGGGGGCUAAACCAUUUCACAACUACACCGGCUGCAUUGAAGUAACUGAAAUUAACAAAGUGAGGAGCUUCUACGCAUCUAACGCCGUCGCCAGCAGCAACGUAGAUCAGUGCAGAUAUACAUUGCAUUCUUAUACCAUGGAGGCCUCCACAACAAGCUCCUUGAAUUUGACAACUCAAUCUGCCGCCAUUGAGAAAGUGAAUACAUCGCUGGUAGCUCCCACACAGGCAUCAGAUCGCACUCUGCAUGCACUUCAAGUCUGCCAUGAUGGUGUUUGCCGCAAUGGGGGAACAUGUCAUCAGCUGCAGUCGGCCAGCGGAGCCCGACCCUUCUGUGAUUGCCCUCUUCACUUCACUGGAACCUUUUGUGAGAAAGAUACCACAAUAUAUAUCCCAUCAUUCAAUGGCACAUCUUACUUGGAGCUGAAACCUCUUGCAUCUUUUCUCCAAUCGGAUAGUGGCAUUCAUGAUGUACCUGCUGCUAUCAGAAACACCUCUGUUACUCUCCAUUUGACAGUGAAAACCAGAUCUACCCAGGGUACCAUUCUCUACACCCAGGAACAGAAUUUUGGGGAUCAGUUCCUUCAUGUUUUCAUUGAAGAUGGAAGCCCUGUUGCUAAACUUGGUUGUAGCGGCAGUCAUGUUUUGAGUGCAGCAUCAAGCCAGAGCAUAAACAAUAACAGAUGGAUGCCAAUCAAAAUCCGAUACUAUCUGCCUGUUGGAAGACGUGGAGGGUCAUGUAUGAUUGAAAUAGCUGUAGAUAAUGGCACAGUUCAGCGUCUGGAGGAGUACAUCUCUCACCCUAUGUCAGAGGGAACCUUUGGACCCAUAUUUCUUGGGGAUGUUUCAUCCCGUCGGGAGAUUCAUGAUGGCGCAAAGGGAGGGAGGAGAUUCAUUGGGUGCAUCAGAGAACUUCAGGUCAACUCGAAGGAGAUUUACUUGGUGGGCGAGGCAGUGAGAGGGAAGAACAUCAAAAACUGUGACCCACCUGUCUGCCAGCACCUUCCCUGCCGCAAUGGAGGAACCUGUGUCAGUGAUGCAGAGGACUGGUUCUGUGAGUGUCCCCCGCUCUACACUGGCCGCCUGUGCCAGUUCAGUGCCUGCGAACGCAGCCCCUGUGGUCAUGGAGCCACAUGCAUCCCCAAGUCCCCGAUGGAGGCUGUAUGUCUCUGCCCCUAUGGAAGACAAGGCCUGCUGUGUGACGAAGAGAUCAAUAUCACCCGGCCCAGAUUCAGUGGAAGCGAUGAGUUUGGUUAUACCUCGUUUGUGGCUUACUCCUCCAUUCAAAGCCUAAGUUUCUUCUAUGAGUUUAUGCUGAAGUUCACGCUAUCCAACAAUGCAUCUGCCUUGAGAGACAACCUCAUCCUGUUCGCUGGACAUAAAGGACAAGGCAGCGAUGGAGAUGACUUCCUUGCCCUGGGGAUACGCAAUGGCAGGGUUUUGCAUAAAUUCAACCUUGGAUCUGGCGUGGCGACUAUAGUCAGUGACCGGCUGAACCUCCAGAUCAACAUUCACAUGGUCGUCUUUGGCAGAUCCAAAAACACAGGAUGGCUAAAGGUUGAUGGACAACGUAAUAGGACAGGAUCCUCUCCAGGAACCCUGAUGGGCCUGAAUGUUUUCAACCAGCUCUAUGUGGGAGGAUAUAAUGAGUAUACCCCUGAACUGCUGCCAUUUGGCUCCAGGUUCCGUAAUGGCUUUCAGGGCUGCAUAUUUGAUGUGCAAUUUCGGACAAGAAGAGACAGAAAGUUCCAAGCACUGGGGCAGCCCGCAGGUCAUCCAGUCUUUGGGCGCAGUGUGGGUCAGUGUGGAGUCACUCCCUGCAAUCAUGUUCAGUGCAAGAACGGCGGGACAUGUGUGGACUCCGGCUCAUCUGUGUAUUGUCAGUGUCCGCCUGGAUGGAAGGGCGCGCUCUGCUCUGAGACUGUGUCAGUGUGUGAUGUUGAACACACUCCCCCUCCGCUGUGUGCCCUCGGCUCCACCUGCAUCCCUCUACCAAACGGAUACACCUGCCAGUGCCCCCUGGGGACUGCAGGACUCUACUGCCAGAGAGUUGUACAAAUCAGCGAUCCAUUCUUCAGUGGGAACCAGUCGUCGUGGAUGUCAUUCCCACCCAUGACUCUCAGACACAGGACUCUUCUGCAGCUGCAGUUCCAGCCUUUAUCAGCUGAUGGCAUCCUCAUCUACACUGCACAGCAUCUCAGUGCUCGAGCUGGAGAUUUCCUCUGCCUGUCCUUGACAUCGGGGUUCAUUCAGCUGCGCUACAAUCUCGGGGACAUCACCCACGUCUUACAGUCUGUUGACAAGGUGGACUUGAGCGGCAGGACCUGGCACUCAGUGAAAACGGGCAGAAACGGUAACCAAGGCUUCCUAAGCCUAGAUGGGAAGGAAGUGAUACAAAACAUAAUUGAAGGGAUGACCACUCUUGAUGUUGGUACAGCCAUUUUUGUGGGUGGCGUGUCCACUCUGAGCUCAGUCUCUACAGAAGCAACCGAGAAGGAGCCAGUGGGCUUCACUGGCGGCAUCAGAGAGCUGAUCGUCAAUGGCCAAGAGCUUGUGCUAACAGAAGAGGGAGCACUUGGUGGAGCCAACAUAGGAGAUUGGGAUGGGACAGCCUGUGGGUACAAGGUGUGCCAAAACGGAGGUCACUGCAGGGCAACAGGCACUGACUCAUUUACAUGCAUAUGCCCCCCAUCAUGGAGUGGCCCUGUGUGUAACCAAUCUGUGAGCUGUGUAAACAACCUUUGUAAACAUGGUUCCUUAUGUUCACCAUCUAGCGUGACUUCAUAUUACUGUAUUUGCCCUUUAGGAUGGGAAGGAAGGUAUUGUGACAAAGAGACAUCCAUGGAUAUUCUUAAGUUUGUGGGAAACUCAUAUGUCAGAUACCGGGACCCAAGAUUCAGCACCAGAAAUUUAAGAUACACUCAGGCUUCUUUUGACUUCCAGACAAGCACAAAUGAAAGUCUGAUAAUGUGGCUGGGAAAGGCAGAGCAUGAGGAUGAUGACUACCUUGCAAUUGGACUUAACAACGGCCACCUUAAAAUUUCUGUGAAUCUUGGAGAGAGACUUUCCCUUCCUGUAACAUUCAAAAAUCUCACAUUAUGCUGCAACAAAUGGCAUCAUGUUUCCAUCUCUUUGAACAGCACAAUUAUUCAGGUUUUUUUGAAUAAUAGGAGGAUCCUUUUUGAAGAUGUGGACCCAUUUGAGCGUUAUGUAGCCUUGAAUUAUGCAGGUCAGUUUUACUUAGGAGGAUUUGAAUUACACAGAAAUGUAUCCACUGUGACAUCUGGGUUGUUUUCAAAGGGUUUUGAAGGAAAUCUCAAAAAUAUUCGUUUGUAUCAAGACCCCAAGCAGCUGCUGUUUUUCCAAAACAGUGAAGGUUUUAAUGUUUACAGGGGCAAUCAAUAGUAAUAGAAAAUGUAACUCCAAUAGCCUCUGAUAAUUAAAAACUUAAUGUAUCUGUUUUUG